AUGAAGUCUAACAAAGUUCCUGCUGUGAAUCCCAGAGAACUGAUGUUAGCGAGAUGUUUUAUGGCAUUCUCCUUCUGCUACAGAUCAUUAUUGGCUUCUGGAGGAAUGUCUUCCUGCAACCUGGUUUGUGCUCGUGUGGUCUUUACCAGCCACAAGAUAUACCCUUCAGAUUUGAUCCUCGCACAGCUGGCACUGGCUAAUACCAUCGUCCUUCUCACUCUUGAAAUCCCAGAGACCGUGUCAGCUUGGGGGCUGAAGAACUUUCUGGAUUCGGUUGGAUGUAAAAUCCUCUUAUACCUCUACCAAGUGGGGCGGGGCUUUGUCAUCUCCACCACCUGCCUUCUGAGCAUCUUCCAGGCCAUCACCAUCAGCCCCAGCACUUCCCGGUGGGCCGAGGUCAAAGCCAAAUCACCCAGAAACAUCCUUCCCUCCUGCCUCUUCUCUUGGGUCCUCAGUCUGCUGAUACAGGUAACUACACCAAUAUACUUGGAGAGACCCUCCAACCUAACCAAUAUUCAAAUGACAUUUAUUAUUAAAUAUUGUUCCUCCAACAGUCCAGUUACAGUCACCACUCUGGUAAACAUGGUGGUCUUCUCCCUGCGGGACCUCUUUUUUGUGGGGCUCAUGAGCACGGCCAGCGGCUACAUGGUGUUUGUCCUUCACAGACACCACCCACAGGUCCAACACCUCAGUGGAUCUGGUUGCUCCCCCAGGGUGAUGCCCGAGGUCAGGGCGGCCAAGAAUGUAGUCACCUUGGUCACUCUCUACGUUCUCCUUUAUGGACAAGGGACUGUCAUGCUGAGCAUUUUAGUCAACAUGAGGGAAAGAUCUCCUCACCUGGUGACUCACUCCAAGAUACUGUCCUUCACCUUCUCAGCCAUCAGUCCAUUUCUGAUCAUUCACAGUAACCAGAGGAUGAGAAUGUUUGGGAGAAGGACAUCUCCCAUUUCCAACUCAGAUUCCACACCAGCUUCUAAGGAAGUUAUAUGUCCUGGAUGGAUGUUCCACAUUGACAUCAACAGAGAGGGAAAAGGAGAAGGGGUGGGAUGUAAUAACAAUAAGAACAAUAACUGUGGGGUUUUUAAGCAUUUAGUAUAUGCCAGAAUUGUACUAAGCACUGGGGUAGAUACAAGGUAA